CUCAUCAGAAGUAGUCAUAGUUUGAAGUUGAAGGCAGACCACGGUUCGUGUUGGACCGGGGUCCUGCGCUUUACAUAAAUAAACAGUCUCAUUACAGAACAAAAAGAUGUUGUGUAUUUUAUUUUUGGUUUCACUCUGAGUUCAUGCAAUUUUUACAAUACGAACUAAAUUUCUAUUUAGUUUCUGUGAAAAAGUGUACAAAGAAAUGUUUUAGGAGGGAUAACUUUCCCCGUGCCUGCGAGGGAACGAAAAGCAAUGAAUACGGCGACAACGUGUGCCGUCAGUACGCUUUUGACAUUUCGCUUUGUCUCCGUUUCGUAGUGUUGUGUUUUUCGUACUUCGCGAGCCUGUGUGUGCGAGAAUUGUAUUUGGCUGAGAUGCUGACGAGAUUAUCACGACGGGUUACUGCAGCGGACGGAACAGCACAUUUCGGGGCAUAAAUCGCAGUAACCUUCGCGUAACGGGUGUGUGUGUGCUAGAUUCGUUGUUCGUCAGCAUUCUUGACAGUAUCAGGAAACGGAUACGGGCGGUUUAUUGCAAACGGGAGAGGAAUCGUGUGGCUGCUCCAAUGAUUGCGUUUUCUUUGCGAUCGGGAAUGUUUUGAUUCUUGUACGGAAUCACGGAUUUUUUAUAUGUCAUCGUCGUAAUUGACAGAGAGAGCGAUUAAGCAAUUUUUUUUCUUGUGGAGGAAGUCAUAGAAGGCAGAGGAAGGAGCGAGAAAAAGAAGCUUUUAGCACGGUGACGACGGAUUUUCAUGCGUUGAUUGCGGUCGCAUAGUGACUACGUAAUGUACAAGGUCGAGCUGAAACAGGAAAAAGCUGAGGACGUGGAUGACCAGCAGCAGGAAAAUGCCAAAAGCGACGACGACCAUAGUGGAUCGGAUCAGGAAAUCGUGGUGGGAAUCGAUGAGGACCAUAUUAAUUUCUUGACCAGUAUGGCGUCCGGUGAUGAUUCACUGGAUUGCCCGCCUGAGGUUAGUAGAAAACGAGGGAGAAGCGAACACGAUGAGGAUGAAGAUGAAGACGUAAUGGCUACGGCGGAAUCAAUUUUAUCGAAGGCGGCGGAACGUACGAACCAGCAAAUAUACACAUGCGAGUAUUGCAACAAAACCUUCACCUGGCUAAAAUCCCUUACGGUGCAUCUUCGCACUCAUACCAACGUAAAACCGUAUAAAUGCGAACUUUGCGAUAGGUCCUUUGUGCGGUCCGAUUAUCUUAAAUACCAUAUAAUGAAGUCCCACGAAACAAACGAACAGGUUUUCACUUGUACAGCGUGUUCUGGGGUGUUUGCCACUAACCGAGGCUUAUUCAGGCACAUUCGAACCGAGCACGAUGGCAUUGCUGAACGGAAGGAUAACAUUCCAAUGGGUGUGGAUUGCGCAUCGGACAACGAAUCGUACGGAGAUGUGGAUGAAAACGGAAAAUACGCGUGUACCUAUUGCGAGGAAUCUUUCGACGCUCGUGACCCACUGAUUGGCCACAUGCGAGGGCAUCUUGGAGAAAAACCCUAUAAAUGUGACCUUUGCUCAAAGUCUUUCAUUCGUCAGGAUUUCCUGCAGUGCCAUCGGUCGAAUCACUUCAAAACGCUGGACUACAAAAAUAACGGGUACGCAACAGAAACAUCCAAACGACCCCGAAUCAGUCUGCGGAAGCUGGAAGAUCUGGUACCUUCUAAUUCCGUCUCGAGAGCGGAAUCCAGCGAUGACGAGGCUGGCGAUGGGGGUGCUAGUUCAUCGGAGAGCGAGCACCAGAUGGUACAACGCGGAAACUGCCACAAGGGCGGCGCUGAAGGUGACGAACGGAGCAGUCUACUGGCGGCGCUGCUGAGGGAGGUUUCCAAAACCGAUAACGACUGGUUCCAGUGUCCACGGUGCGACAAAACAUUCUCGCAGGAAACGUCCUUGAAAGUGCACCUAAGGACACACACGGAUAUCGACACGUACAAAUGCCCCCUUUGUGAUCUGGCGUUCAUACGACCCGACUACCUGAAGAGCCACCUCAAGAAACACAUCGAAGACAACGGCGAGGAUCCGGGGGCUCCCGGAUCGAUCGAUACCUCGACGGUGUCUUCUGGCGCUUUCGCGGGAAGCACCACAAGUUCGGUUCCCUCAUCGCUAUCACUCCUGAAACCGCUCAAUGCCCGACCACAAUCCACCGGCAUCUCACUGCUCAAACCGCCCGAGGAACGGAAACCUCCCGACCAGCCGGAGUACUGCAUUCGCACGGACGAUGGGAAAUUCAUGUGUACCGCAUGUGAGCGAGUUUUCUCCCACCAGCAAACGGUUCGAAUACACUACCGGAUACAUACCAACGAAAAACCCUACAAAUGUAGCCAUUGCACGGAAUCGUUCAUUCGAUCGGACUAUCUGGAGCGGCACCUGAAAGUACACUGGAAGGAUGGUCCGGUGAUUACGCCCCCGAUGAUGGGAAAAAGUUGGCUCACGACGACCGGCACGGCCGAUAGUGGUGACUCAAUCAGUCCCCAGAAACCUAAAAUUGGACGCGCUGGACUUCAUCCAGAAAACUAUCACUUUAUCGAAGCUGGUGAUGGUCAGUACGUGUGUAAGAUCUGCGACCAGAUGUUUGCUCACAGCGAUUUAUUGCGAAAGCAUGCGCUCACCCACACGGAAGAGAAGCCCUUUUUCUGCGAUAUUUGCGACCGAUCCUUCAACAGAGUCGAUUAUCUGAAGGAACACUUCAAAUCGAAACGACAUCGCCAGGCGCUAGCGGAAGUAAACGGGGAAACGAUGGACGAUGAUGAUGAUGAUUCGACCACCGAUACGAGCCUCACCGGAAGAAUGGCUAAGACAAAGUCGCCCAUCAGUCCGAUGACCAAUGCUCUGGCCGAUCGGAUCGAGUUCCAACGAACCGGAGACGGUCGGUAUAAGUGCUCCGAGUGCGACAAGACUUUCGUGACGGCUGUGACACUGAAAAUGCACCUCCGGCUGCAUACAGGCGAAAAACCCUACAAGUGCUCCAAGUGUAGCAUGGCAUUCAUCCGGUCGGAUUAUUUAAAAACACACGAGAAAAUUCACCGUCAGGAAGCGUACAUGAGUCAGCGCAAUUUGGCCUCGAUGGACAAUACUACCUCGGGUGAUGAAUCGGACGAAGAAAGAUUGCACGACGGGUCGAUAGCAAGUAGGAACGGUCAAUCAGAGGGCAAUCAAGAGGAGCUGCGUGGUGAUAGGUCUGACGGGGAGGUGGAGGAGGACGGUGAGGAAGAACAGGACGAUGAGGAAGAUGACGAGAGUGAGGAUGAACAGGUCAUUGAAAUAAUGGUGAAAGAGGAGGACUCGGAUGAUGAUGAGGAUGAGGACGAAGAUCAAGAAGGGGAUGAUGAACAGGAAGAACAACAUGAAGAGGAAGAGGAAAAGGAGAACGAAAACAACAAUGGCUAUGAACACGACGACAGCACAUCUCGUGCGAGUGCCGGUACUGGCUCGGAACCUUCGGGUCCGAAAUCGAAACAUCGCUGCCAUUUGUGCAAGAAAGAAUUCGCAUGGCCAAAGUCACUGAAAAUCCACCUCCGCACCCACACCGGGGAACGUCCGUACGAAUGUGACGUAUGCGGCAAAAGUUUUACCAGAUCCGACAGUUUGAAGGCGCACAGGAACACACACGGCGAUGUUCGGGUGCUUCAGUGCCAUCUAUGCGAUGCCAGCUUCCUUGACGGGAGUGGUCUUAUUCGACAUCAGAAGAUGAAACAUGGCAUCGAGCCAUUAGAUGGUUAAAUGCUUCGAACUUUUCUUUUUGGCGAAUCGUUGUAAAUAGGCAUACAUGUGUAGGCUGAUCACGUUUCUUGGUAUCACGUCCAUACGAAGACAAUAUUUUUCUCGGAUGCACCAGUCAGCACACCGAGUUAGUCAUGCAAAGAGUGCAAGUGUUUCAUCAAAUUUCUGGUUAGAAUCGGAACACAAAAUGGUUAUAUUGAAAUCAACACUGCACGGAACAGACAAACACACAAACAUACAUACACACGCAUAUAACAAACAAUACAAAAAAUCAAGAUAAUCUAUAAUCUAGCUUAGGGUAAUGAAAAAGAAACACAAUUUUCUUGUAGAUUUUUUACGGUUUUUAUUUAAAAUAGCUGUAGAUUCAAAGGAAAGGCACCGAGCCUGACAGUUAUCGUUACAGUAUAUAUGUAAACAUUUUCCUCGAUAUCGUGAAAUUGCGAAUGAAGCGAUGAAUUUGAGCAUUUAAUUUUAAUGCGAUUUUUGUGUAAAGGGAAAACACUAGUGGCUUUUCUCUCGUCUUUGAAUUUUAAAACUCUGGUGUACAAACGAACGGCAAGCAAAAUUUAGGUAUACUUUUGUGUAGUCACUACCCGAAGAUGUUAGAUUGUUUUUACAUGAAAUAUGUAUAUUUGUAUCGAGUUCACUUCAAACUCUGCGUACAACAAAGUGAUGAAAUCAUU